UUGAUCAGAAUAGCACCAGUGGCAGGAAGCAUGCAUGUGGAAAGAUUGGGAGAAAGAGUUGGACAUGUGAGUGCACAUGAAUUCACAGAUAAGCCAAGCAGAAGUGCACUGGAGGAAGAGCAGAUGUGGAGUGACUGGGAUCACAAUUUACAGAUUACAAAAGGUCUGGAACAGUAAAAAGAUGCUGAUAUCCCACUAAGGACUGAAAUGGAUGGUUUCAUCCCGGGGGCCGCUGACCCUUAAGUUCUAGUGAGAUGUCCUUCAGUGGCAACGCGAGCCAGCCCUCCCCGCCCACCACGUCCCCUCUUCCGCCCGUCAACCGGACGACGCCUUCAGAGGAGGGACGCUCUUUGCAAGAGUGGGCGUCCAAUGAGACAUUACUCUCGGAUCUAUCCGUCCUCGGGCAGGACGAGCAGUGCCCCGCCUCCCCCAUCCUCACGGCGUUCCUGGUGGCGUGGUACAGCGUUACAAUGGUGCUCGGCCUGGUGGGCAACCUGGGCCUUAUGUGCAUAAUUACACGCCGCCGAGAGAAAGCCAAUGUCACUAGCAUUUUCAUUUGUAAUCUGUCAUUCUCUGACAUUCUGGUGUGUGUCUUCUGCCUCCCUUUCACACUCAUUUACACGCUGAUGGACCACUGGGUGUUUGGGUCACUGCUAUGCCGCCUGGUGCCAUUCAUUCAGUGCGUGUCUGUGACCGUCUCUAUAUUGUCUCUCGUUUUUAUCGCUCUGGAGAGACACCAACUCAUCAUUAACCCCGCUGGCUGGAAACCCAGCAUUCCUCAAGCCUACACAGCUGUUGUUAUCAUCUGGAUACUGGCGGGCUUCACCUCCUCGCCUUUCUUGGCCUUUCAGCUGCUCACAAACGAGCCCUACACCAACAUGAUGCUAACCGAGCCGGAGUUCUAUCGAGAAACCCUGCACGCCUCGCCCGGGAACUCAUCCGUGCUUCAAAAUACCCAAUACUUUCACAACCUUUACGCGUCCCUGCACAUGGAGGCAUGUCUGGAGCGCUGGCCAUCCCAGCAUGACAGGUUGACCUACACCACAUGGCUGCUCUUGUUCCAAUACUGCGGCCCUCUAAUUCUCGUCCUGCUUUGUUACGUCCGAGUCUUUGUGCGCCUGCGUCACCGCAAAGACAUGCUGGACCGCGCCAGGACGCCGGAGAACCACCGCAUGGCUCACAGCCGCCGAAUCAACAUCAUGCUCGUGGCCCUGAUAACGGCGUUCGCCCUCUGCUGGCUGCCGCUCACCAUUUUCAACGCGGUGUCCGACUGGAACCAGGACGCGCUUCCCGUCUGCCACCAUAACCUGCUCUUCUCCCUCUGUCACCUCCUGGCAAUGUCCUCCACCUGCAUCAACCCCAUCAUCUACGGCUUCCUCAACUCCAACUUCAGGCAGGAAGUCAAAGAGGUGCUCCAGUACUGCAGCUGUCGCCCCCUAGAGGAGGAGAGCGAGCGGCUCCCCAUGUCCACGGUGCACAUGGAGAUGUCUCGCACCUCAGCGCCGCUCGCCUGCAGGAGUGACUCUGUUUAACAGGAGCUAACAUCACAUCUAACAACUCAUUUUCCGCCUUUAAUGGACAUUCGACCAUUUUCAUAAUGACUUAUGAUGAAAACAUGUUUUUUGUGUGCAUCGUGCUAUGGUUAUCUUGCUAUUUAGCAGUGUCGCUUUAGUUGGCUUGCAUAAAUAGCUUUAAUUAAAUAAAAAAUGCAAUGCUAUGGCUUUAAUAGUGAGCGGUUUAAAACCUGUAAAAAAAUGGGCUAUUUUUUUUAAGAAUGCUGCUUGUUAGGAAUUUCGGCAAAAGGUUCAUCCACAGGCAUGUACGCAUUAAUGUUGGUAUUUGGUGCAAAAGUGUGUCAUCAAAAAUGACGGCGAAAAAAUGUUAUGUGAAUUUCUCUGGUAUGUUUAGUUACUUUUGCAUUGAUUGCAUCUGUGCUGUGAAAAUUGGCGUUUUGACACUAAAGAAAAGCUGUUUUGUGGCAUUGUAAUGAACAUUUUUUUUUAAUGAUGAAUGGUGCUUGCACAAGAAGGGUUUAAUACAGACCAGUGGUUCUUAACCUG